CAAAGCGGUCACGCCUGAAAUACAUUUCGGUCACGCAAUGUGAAUGCAUUUCGGGCACAUACCCAGUUCCAUUCACUCAAACUCCGCAUUGAGUUGCUGAUCUGGGACGUUAUCGGGUCGUCCGUGAGGCCCAGAGCGGGGCCAGCGGGGAAAUGUGCGAUAGUGAAGACGCAGACCAGUCAGGCCCUGCCAUUGGCGUGGAGCAGCAACUUGGUGGACUGAGCCUUGCCCAUCGGCAGGCAUGCGCCUCCGUGGUGCACGGCUUCGCUACAGAGCCUGGUGACCACGCAGAAACACCUUUACAGGCCUACGAGCACAUAGAACCGUUGCUGGCGCGACUCGCCACCCGGCUGGGGACCACCAAGGCGGCGCUGCGGAUCUACGACCCCUUCUUCUGCGAGGGCCGCAUGCUGGCACACAUGGCCAGCCUGGGCUUUGAGAGCGUGCACAACAGGAACGAGGACUUUUACGCGAUGCGGGACACCAAGCGCACGCCCGAGUUCGACGUCCUCGUCACCAACCCGCCCUUCUCCGGCGACCACAUCGAGGCCACCUUUGAAUUCGCCAUCGCCAGCGGGAGGCCCUUUUUCAUCCUCGUGCCGCAGUAUGUGUCGCGAAAGGCCUUUUACCUGGAAUGGCUGAACAACGGCUGCACGCCGGGCCUACCGCCCCCCGUGUUCGUGGGACCAAAGCACGAGCCCUACAUCUUCCUGGCGCCUGACCGCGCUGACGUGCGCACCGCACGCGCGCCCGGGCAGGAGCCCGCCACCGCUGCGGCCACGCAAGGCGACAGUGUGCCAGGCGACGACGCAGCUUCUCGUGCAUGUGCGGGUGCGGGUGUGGGCUCAGCGGACGGGGGCUUGACAGAUGCGGUGGAGUGGAGCACAGAGACGGGGCUGUCGCCUGCUGGCGCACAGCCGGAAACUCCGUCCGCUGCGAGCGUGUCCAGUGCUGCAGCAGCCGAGCCUGUGCACCGUCUGUCGGAGCAAGAGGCAGCCGCAGCUGCUGCCGCCUUCCAGGUGGCGGCCGGCAGCUUCCAGUGCGUGUGGUUCGUGGGCUUGGGCGAGCGGCACCAGAAGCACGUGGUGGAGUGGUGGCGGCAGCGACAUGCGGACAGCGCGGACUGUGUCAUCGUGGGCAAUGUGAAGGACUUGCCGGUGCUCACGGCCGCCAAGAAGCUGACGCCGGCAGAGCGGCGCUGGCGCAAGAAGCAGGCGGCGCUGCAGCAGGGUGGCGGGGAGGGCCAGCCUGCUGCUGCUAGCGUGGGCGGCGGGCGGCCAGGCGCAGGUGGCGGCGGGCGGCCGGGUGCAGGCGGUGGGGGCCGGCAGGGUGCAGCACCAACGUCGGCAGGCAGCCGACCAGCGGCCAGCAAGGCCACGCCAGCUGGGAGUGGCGCCAAGAAGUCUGGUUCUGGGCCUGGCAGGCGGCAGGUGAACCUGUUCACCGUCCUCGACAACGACUUGCACCGGGCCGACGCAGUGCACAGCGCCGGCCACCACGAGCAGCAUACCCGGGCUCCUAGCUCGGGCUUCCUGGCGCCAAUGGACACGGGCCCUCGGCCCAAACCGCAACCAGAGGCACUCACUACAACCGCCAGCGUGGCGGCGGUGUGCCUGGCGCGUUCAGUGCCUGCGAGCGCCGCCGACCAUGGCCCUGUGGGCGGCGACAACGUUGGCGGCGCCGAGAGGCUGAUGCCGGACUUGGGUGGUUUCGUCGUGACUGUAUGGUACUUCGGCUUGGACAUACCGCUCACGUUUUCUGUAGUCCUGGCGUGGUGGGUUAUGAUCUGUCUGGCUGUUUGUGUCACAAUGCGUUCGGACUUCGUUUUCAUCUCUUGCAACCCGCACCCCUUCCCUGUCACGUCUUUCGUUCUAGCCGUUGUGGUACCGGUGGCUGAGCUGGGUGGUCUUGUGCUGCGUUGGUGGCGUGCCUGCCUGGUGGCGCAGCAGGCUACACGCGCUAUUGUAACUCAAGAGGCACCACCAGCUGCGCCUGCAAAGAAGCCUGUGUGCAAACGCGGCAGCAGGAGGAACAAGCGCGAGCAGGCUUCUUCGCGGGCGCCGGCGCGGCGGGUAGCUCUUAUGCUUCAAUUGCGUGCGUGGCCUGCUGCUGAGUGGCCGCAAGAGCGCGAGCAACGCGCCGCACCUGGUGCUGCUCCUGCGCGGCCUCUGCCUGUCACUUCACCCCACCCGCCAUCCUGUCUGUCACCUCCUGCACCAACUGCAUCUCUGGCGGGCGGUGCCGCUUGUCCUCCACAGCGAAUCGAUACAGGGAGUUCCACGGAUGGGGAUGGCCCCCUCGUUAGUCGAGCCCGGCAGCUGAAGUGCCGGGCCAAGAAGGCCUAGUCAACUCCUACGCCCAAAACCAGUGGUUAUUUCUACCUCUCCAUCCCCCUGCUGUCACAGCCCCGCAGUUCCUUCUCUGUAAUGAUGAUCUGCACAACAACUCGUACACACACGCGCAACCAAACCCUAGAAAACACACGUCCGUGCCCUUCACAACCUACCAACCAAGUAAAGACCCUUUUAAUCCAUAUGCCCCCGCCUAGCCGAAGAGAAGACAUUGACGAAAAACAAAUUCACCUUCCUUCACCAUAACCUCCCCUGGCCUUCACCUCCCCUGGUGCAUCCUCCCUCUCCCUGAAGAUUAUCACCAAGAACAAGAGUAUAUCCCUCUCCUCCUCCCUCUAUGGGUGCUGGGUU